GACAUCGUCGCAGGUCAGGCCGCGAAAGAACAUGACCAGCAACUUGCUGCGCAUCUGGCGGUUCUGCGAUGACGAGAUCAAUCGUGCGAGCACCCAGGCUUAGGCUUGCGGUCAUGCCCCUGAAUCUCAUUUGAGAUCACUUACUCUUCACACUGAUAAUCCGUCACUCUACGUAGCCGAGGUCCAUUCCGCGUUUCGUUAGGUCUGUAACUUAUCACUGCUAAGACGUGACCUAAACCCUGUCGAACAGGUUGAAAGAUUCCAUGGCUACGCGUGGAAUCCACCGACCGCAAUAGAGCCCAGUCCGUCCUUGGUCCAAGCUCGAUCCGACGCCUACAUUGUGAUAACUCGUACCCGAUAACGCGGCACUUGCUGCCGUACGAUCCCGCGACAGUUGAUCACAGAAAGUGCAGCCAUGACAGGGAAGAAGAAACACUCGCGAGUAUUUAGGGUAGUGAGGGGAUUCGGCGCAGCGCUGCUGCUCGUGCUCGUCUUAAAGCCCAUCGUGCCGUGCCUGUGGUCGCGAGAGCCCGGCUUCUGCCCGAUUCUCGAGGGCCCGUCCCUGGCUCGCCGCGAGGCCAAGGAGGCCGCCGAUGCGGGCAAACUAGGGCCGGGAGCUGAAACGUCGGGCGGCGGGAGCAGCAUUUCGGAAACGAUUAAGAGCGAUAGAGGGAAGAUGGAGGAGUUGAAUGUGGCUCACCCGACAGGCGACAAUAGCAGGGAGCUAGCUGCUGCGCAGAUCGCCUUAUCCGCCGAACUCGACACACCUACUAACGGGGAUAAUGUGCCCUCGCACGCGAGGAGCGCGGGAGGGGACGAGAAGGAGGAGGAGUCGGUGCGGGCGGCGCGCGAGGCGAUGACGGAGGGCGACAAGGAGCGCGCGGUGAAGGCGCUGUGGCGCUGCCAGGGCGGCUCUGGCGCCGUCGACUGCUCUGAGCCGCGCGCCGUCAUGCUGGCCGAGGGCUCCCUAUCGUCCCGCGUGCACGCCGUGUGUGCGGCGUACGCAGUGACGGCCCUCACCGGCAUGCCCACCCUCGCCCUCUGGCCCGCCGACCACCACAUGCCCGCCGCCACCUUCCGCCACCUCUUCCGCCCGGCCAGCGGCAUCUCCAGCCCCCCGGGGGACGUGAGGGAGCAGGCGGUGAGCGGGGAGGCGAGGGACGUGUGGGUGCGCGACGUGGCCAUGGAGAGCCGCGACCUCAAGGCGCGGCUGCAUGGCUUGCAGCAGGUGUUGCUCAAAGAGUGUCCCCGAGGGGCCAAGAAGAAGACCAAACCGAAAGCCCUUCCCUUCCGCCUUUUCCUCUCGCCCUCCACUAAAUCCAAGGCGGACGGUGCAUUGAACCUGGACGGGUGUGGCUUUGACAAGCACGUGGACGCGUGUCUGGCACGGCUGCGGCCAUCCACGGCGGUGGGGACUCUCGUGAUGCAGGAGGACCUGGACGCCAUCCGGCUCUCCAAGGCCAUCUACGUGUCGCGUCCUGGCCUUUCCUGUUCCCUCGUGAAUCGUGUUCCCUCGUGAAUCGUGUUCCCUCGUGAAUCGUGUUCUCUCGUGUAUCGUGUUCCCUCGUGAAUCGUGUUCCCUCGUGAAUCGUGUUCCCUCGUGAAUCGUGUUCCCUCGUGAAUCGUGUUCCCUCGUGAAUCGUGUUCCCUCAUGAAUCGUGUUCUCUCGUGUAUCGUGUUCCCUCGUGAAUCGUGUUCCCUCGUGAAUCGUGUUCCCUCGUGAAUCGUGUUCCCUCGUGAAUCGUGUUCCCUCGUGAAUCGUGUUCCCUCAUGAAUCGUGUUCCCUCGUGAAUCGUGUUCCCUCGUGAAUCGUGUUCCCUCAUGAAUCGUGUUCUCUCGUGUAUCGUGUUCCCUCGUGAAUCGUGUUCCCUCGUGAAUCGUGUUCCCUCGUGAAU